AAGUCGACCAAUAAGAUCUUUAUGCUGAAUUAUUGAUACUCCAGAGUCCACACUCACCUUUUCUUCCCCACCAUUAAUCCACACCACCACCACCACACGCUCCAUCUCUCUCUCUCUCUCUCUCAAAAAAUGGAAGCCCUCUUCUCCGAAUUCACGCUCCUCUCCGACCAAGCUCUCUGCGACAGGAGCUUCGAUCCAUCGACGAUCGAGCACCUGAUGAAGCUCUUCGAGGUGGAGGCCUACAAGGAGUGGGCCCAGCUGGAGCUGGAGAGCCGCAACGAAGCGCAGAGCGCCGACGACUGCGUCGAGGAGGCCGAGGACUACCUCGACUCCGUGAUGGAGAGCGCUAUGGCGGAGUUCCGCCAAUUCGAGGAGGAGAUGAACCAGACCUGCAAGGCGGAGUACGACAGUCUCGUCGGCGUCGCCGAUGCCGCCCGCAAGAUGGGGAAGACGUUGGAGAAGGCAGCCACCUUCGCCUCCAACAAGUACAUCGACGCCGCCGUCAGUUCCGCAGCGGCGUCCAUGAGAUCCGCCGUCAGAGCCGUCACCUCCGCCUCUAAAAAGGUUCAUCCUUCCUAGAUUUGGUUUAUGUGAGAGGCGUCAACACCGUCUUUAUAUUUAUAUUUACGAUUUUGGUAUAAAUAAACAGAUUAUAUAUAUGAAUUUUAGUUGUAUCGAAGCGAAUUUAUUUGAAAAAAUUACGAUUCACAUGA